UUCGAGCAUUUUUAUUAACCAGUGAAGCAACCAAAACAGGAAUCACCAGUUCUUGAAAGAGUUCAUCAAAAAAGAAAACAUUUCUUGAAACAUCUAAGAAAGAGUUUUGUUCUUCUUGAUCAGAAAUACAGAGCAAAAUCCAUUUGAAGACAUCAAAGUUUAAGGUUUUUUUCCCCGGAUAUGGCCGAGAUAUGUUACGAAGUAGUGACCGACGCAUGUCCGUCGUCGGUUUAUGAAUCAACGCCGGCACAUUCACGGCGGAGGCCGAGAUUCCAAACGGUGAUGCAUGAAGAUUGGGAGAAGAAUUGUAAGCGUAGUAAACAGGAGGCUUUAGCUACGAGAUACUCUUCAAUUCCUCGAAGCUCUCGGGAGGAUUUCUCUGACCAAAAUGUCGACGUAUCCAGUCCAAGAUACGGUGUUUCUUCGGUGUGCGGUAGAAGAAGAGAGAUGGAAGAUGCGGUGGCAAUUCAUCCUUCAUUUUCUUCUCCGAAGAAUUCGGAAUUUCCUCAACACUACUUUGGUGUGUAUGACGGCCAUGGUUGUUCCCACGUUGCAGCAAGGUGUAGAGAGAGGCUUCACAAGCUGGUGCAAGAAGAACUAAGUUCAGAUAUGGAAGAUGAAGAAGAAUGGAAAACGACGAUGGAGCGUAGCUUCACACGCAUGGAUAAGGAAGUUGUAUCGUGGGGUGAUUCCGUCGUGACUGCAAAUUGCAAGUGUGAUCUACAAACACCGGCUUGUGAUUCCGUCGGAUCAACCGCUGUUGUCUCAGUCAUUACGCCAGAUAAGAUCGUUGUCGCCAAUUGUGGCGAUUCCAGAGCAGUUCUCUGCCGCAAUGGGAAACCAGUCCCUUUAUCAACCGAUCACAAGCCUGAUCGGCCAGACGAAUUGGAUCGAAUCGAAGGAGCUGGUGGACGAGUCAUAUAUUGGGACUGUCCAAGAGUUCUCGGAGUCUUAGCAAUGUCACGAGCAAUAGGAGACAACUAUUUGAAACCUUACGUGAGUUGCGAGCCGGAGGUAACCAUAACGGACAGGAGAGACGAUGACUGCCUCAUACUAGCUAGUGAUGGUUUAUGGGAUGUUGUGUCAAACGAGACCGCCUGCUCUGUAGCGCGUAUGUGUCUCCGUGGUGGUGGGAGAAGACAAGAUAAUGAGGAUCCGGCGAUUUCGGACAAGGCUUGUACGGAAGCGUCAGUAUUGCUAACAAAGCUGGCGUUGGCAAGGAACAGUAGUGACAACGUCAGUGUCGUUGUGAUUGAUCUCAGAAGAUAAGGACACGUAAGUGGACACUAGUCGAAGAGGAAGACAAUUUUGCUUUAACUUUCUAUAUCAGUUUUGCUUUUUGGUUAUUCUUGGAAUACGUUGGUUGUAUACAAAAUUAACCCGAUUUUAUGGAAACCCCGAAAAAGGGUUAAUUAAUAGAAAUGAUAAGAAUUAUUCUUGUCAACCCUAAUCCUGUUUCGUGUAUGCUUAUAAUCUUAAAUCAAAUCAAAUUAAG